ACUCACCAGCAGCGGUCUCACACACAGACACACACACACACACAGACACAUACGCACAGAGGAGGCAGUGUGUUCUCGGCCCCAGACGCGCGCACUCGUGCACUCUCCUGAGCCUGAAGGUCGAGUCCCGCAGAUAGAACCAGAGGAACCACCGAGGACCAGCGGAGGAACCAGCGAGGACCAGCGGAGGAACCAGCGGAGGAUCUCCGGAGCAGCAGCGGAGCAGCGUGAUGUUCAGCUGGGUGAAGCAGGAGCAGGGUCGGAGCAGGGAGGGAGAAAUGUACCAGACUGUGACCGAGGGUCUGCAGAGCCUCUACACCAGGAAGCUGCUGCCGCUGGAGGACACCUACCUCUUCCAUGACUUCCACUCCCCGGCCCUGGAGGCCGCAGACUUCCAGAGCAAACCCAUGGUGCUGCUGGUGGGACAGUACUCCACCGGGAAGACCACCUUCAUCAGGUACCUGUUGGAGCAGGACUUCCCGGGAAUGAGGAUCGGUCCAGAGCCGACCACCGAUGGUUUCAUUGCUGUGAUGUACGGCGAGAAUGAAGGUGUCGUCCCUGGCAACGCUCUGGUGGUCGACCCCAAAAAACCCUUCAGGAAACUCAACGCGUUCGGAAACUCCUUCCUUAACAG